AACAACGAAAACAUAACUAAGACAUUACUCCCUCGCUCCACAAAAUUCUGGUAAAAAGAUAAAUAUCAUCAAGCGAUAAAGGUUUUCAGCUAAAAUCUAAAAGUGAAAUUAUUUUGCUAGUUUAUGUUUGUGUUCUGAUUACUUAACGCCAUAAAGUGUGGCCAUAAAAUCGUUACGACACAAGUCCAGCCAUGCACUCACAUACGUCCGCACCACAAUGCACCAUGAUUAUGAAACAAAUUCGCUUAAAGUAUAAAAGUACACAGCUGUCAUGAACGCCAUUGAAACCGCACUAUUUUGAUUCGGUGCAGUUAUGAUUUCAGAUGCGUUACAAAAAUGGAAAGUAGUAAUUGUUAUCUUCCUGGGUGUGGUACACUCACAAAUGCCAAUGAUGCCGAUGCCACCGAUGCCGAUGCCGAUGCCGUUCGGGUACGGGCCGAUGAUGGUGCCUGGACCACCGCCACCCCCACCGCCCAUGCCUGUGGCUGUGCCGGUUCCCGUCGGUAUACCGAUACCAUACCCCGAGACUACUACUGAAGCCUCGACUACUACCACCACUACCACCACUAAAAGAGGGCCGGAUGGCGUUGGAAUACCCAUCGCGAUACCGGUGCCAGUGCCACAUUUUGUGCAGAUAGCAAUUCCAGGAUUUAUGCCCCCAAAUUGUCCGCCAAAAGACAAAAAUAAUGGCAACAAGAAUUGUCCACCUUGUCCACCAUGCUCGUGUAAUCCAUGUACACCGUCAUUCUUCGCCUACUGUUCGUCUUGCCACCUCCAGUGUAGAUGUAAGAACGGCCAAGAAAACCCAAGACCUCAACAGCCAAUAGCUCCUCAUCCUCUGCCGGGUCCCGCGUUCCCGAUGCCCAUACCCAUGCCUGCUCCGCCACCAGUAGUCAUUGUCCCAUUCCCGCCCCAGUUCAACACUCCACGUCAAGAUUCUUCCGAGUGUUCUCAAACCGUCAGUACGUCUGUGUCGAGCGAAGACUCUGACUCUUGCGAUGACGAUCAGAGUCGUCGCAGAAAGAGACGCAAAAAAGGUAAGGACAAGAACCGAAAGAAGUCCAAAUAUGAUAUUUAUAGACGAAGUUUUGGUGGUAUCCAAAAUAAUGAAAGACUUGUCAAACCCGUGCUGACGUAUAUGUCGAGAGACGGAGAAAUCAAAAUGAAACGGCGACUGAGUAACGAUGAAGCGACUGCACUGCUCGAUGACGAUUCAUAUCAAAAUGUGCAGCUCAUAGCUGGCGAGGACUCGGAUAACAAACCGAGAGUAGUGGUGAGGUCCCAGUCCCAGCCCUACAUGAGAAGCAACCACCGACGGCGGAAGCUGAUGCUGCAGGACGGCAGCAUGCAGCACUCGCUGGGGGACGGCAAGAAGGAGCUGGUGUUCAGACCACCGGAGAACAAGAAGAUAAGCAACCUGUCUGUGUCAUUCCAAAUAACCAAAUAGUU